AACAACUCCACAGCAUUAAUUACAGAAACACCCAAAAAAAAAAAAAACAGAACAAGUUAUUAUUAAAAUGAAAGCAAACUCAAGAAAUGGAGGUUUGUUUGCAAUGAUGGUUCUGGUUCUUGUUGUUUAUUGCUUCUUCGAGAAUAUGGCCAGGAUCUCGGUCGAGGUUUCGCCUUAUGAACCAGUUGGAAGUUAUCUACCUGGAAGUUUAUUUGCUCUCUACAACAAAGACAAGAUGCUAAAACCGUUCCCAUCUCAUAACGAGUAUCUCAAAAGAUUCAAUCUAGCCUCAGUGGAUGUUUGGCAAACAGUGAGAAGUAACUGUAGAGAUGGUUUCAUCACUUUGAGCAUAAAAUCAAUGCAUUUCUUCGUCUCAAAGCUUAUGCAAUUCAGAUAUUCAGUAUCAACAGCAAUUCCAACGACUCGCUCGUGGACUUCUCGGAUUAUCUUCUGGGUAACACUAACUCGAUCAGUUUCGUCCAUGGCCAACGACACAGCUCUAUGAUAUUUUUUUCAUCUUGAUAGAUAAAGUGUGGUUUGGUGAUAUGUAUGUGAGCAGUGGCCAGUGAGCCUGAAGGCUGUAACAGUGAGGUGACAUUAGAAAAUGCUUGGAACUAUAGAGGAAGACAUAUACUUGGUAGAAUAGUAUUUUGUCAAUCAGAUGCAAACUUGCAAAAAUAAAAAUAAAAUUAACAAUAUAUAUUAUUGGAAAUUAAGAGUACUUCAGUUGGAUAAGCUUUUCGAUGGAUUUAUGCCAAUUAAUUGUGGACUAGGAGAAGAGAAAACUGCCCAGAAAUAAUAUGGUAUAAGUUGAAUACUAUUAAUAUGUGUAUCCUAUUUCUAUCUAGAUAUAUUUAAAAGGUGCAUGAGGGCUUGUGUGGAAAUAUAUAUCAAUCUUCGAAUCAGUUGGAUUUACAAAUAGUGGAAGUAAUUUUGUGGUUGUAUAUAAAAUGAUUUUGGUUCCGAAAU